AUCAGGGCCGGUUGCCGGCGGGGUGCGGGAUUUGGGGCUUUGGGUCCGCGGACGAGGUGCUACGUGCCCCAGCGUAGGGUACGAGUGCUGAGUGCGGGGUGCUGGCCCACCCCCAGGCAGGAUUUGGGGUGCUGGGUCCGGGCGCUGGGUCUGCUGGGGUUGAGUGCCGGGUGUGGUGCUGCGUGCACAGGAGGGUCCCGGGGAGCCCAUCCCCAGCUGCGGCUGUGCCGGUCCCUCCGGCCAGGGGCUGCCCUCACUGGGCGCCGGGGACUGAAGAUGUGUGGGGGCACAGUGCGGCUGCUGACCGCCCUGCUGGUGGCUGUGGCCAUGGGAUACCCCAGUCGUCGCUCCGCCACUGACCUGGAUGCCACCCCCAGGAUGACAGUCACCUUUGACGAGUUGUCAGGCGUGCAGCGGUUCAGCGGGCGCAGCCUGAACUACACCACGCUGCUGCUGGAGGACGAGCGGGGCGUGCUGUACGUGGGGGCCAGGGGGGCCGUCUUCGCCCUCAAUGCCAGCAACGUGGCCGAUGGCUCUCACCGCACGAUCCAUUGGGAAGCAUCUCCGGAGAAGCAGCUGGACUGCCUGCAGAAGGGCAAGAACAACAAGACCGAGUGCUUCAACCACGUGCGGUUCCUACAGAGGCUGAACACCACGCACCUCUACGCCUGUGGCACCUACGCCUUUCACCCGCUCUGUGCUUCCAUCGAUGCUGACAGGUUCACGCUGCCCCCCCGUUUUGAGGAAGGCAAAGAGAAGUGUCCCUAUGACCCCUCCCGCGGCUACACUGGCCUCAUUGUGGAUGGUGGAUUGUACACAGCCACACGCUAUGAGUUUCGGAGCCUCCCCGACAUCAGGAGGAACCUGCACCAGCGGCCGCUGAAGACGGAGGAGUCCCCUCUGCACUGGCUGAAUGAUGCCGAGUUUGUGGCCUCCGUGCUGGUCCAGGAAAGCAAGGAUAGUCCCGUGGGUGACGAUGACAAAAUCUAUUACUUCUUCAUGGAGCGAGCAGGCGAGGAGACCACAUCCUUCUUUGACAAGAGCCAGGUGGCACGAGUGGCCCGGGUGGCCCGUGUGUGCAAGAGCGAUCUGGGGGGGAAGAAGAUUCUGCAGCGCAAGUGGACAUCCUUCAUGAAGGCGCGCCUUGUGUGCUACAUCCCCUACUACGAGGUGCUGCGCAGCGUCUGCAGCCUGGACAGCGGUGGCUGGGCCAGCACUGUCUUCUACGCUGCCUUCACUCUCUCAGCGCAGUGGAGGACAAUGGAGGCCUCGGCUGUGUGCCGCUACGACAUCUCCAAGGUGCAGCGUGCCUUUGAGGGGCCCUACAUGGAGUACCAGGACUCCUCCCGCAAGUGGUCCCGCUACGAUGGUGAGGUGCCCGAACCCCGGCCCGGCUCUUGCAUCACAGACAGCUCCCGCCAGAGGGGCUACAACUCGUCGCAGGACCUGCCCAACAGCGUGCUGGACUUUGUCAAGCUGCACCCGCUGAUGUUUGAGGAGGUGCAGCCAGCGGGCGGCGAGCCGCUGCUGGUGAAGAGGAGCGUGGCAUACAGCCGCCUGGCGGUGGACCGGGUGCAGGCCCUCGACGGGCGCUCCUACGACGUGCUCUUCAUGGGGACAGGGGACGGCUGGCUGCACAAGGCCGUGGUGCUGGGCUCCAGCCUCCACAUCAUCGAGGAGGUGCAGGUGUUCCAGGACCCGCAGCCCGUGGAGACGCUGGUGGUGUCCCGCAGACAGAGGAGCCUAUACGUGGGGGCUGCGAGUGGAGUCCUGCAGGUGCCCUUGGCCUCCUGCGCCAGGUACAGCUCCUGCUAUGACUGCAUCCUCGCCCGGGACCCGUACUGUGCCUGGGAUGGCCGGGUCUGCCGUGACACAGCCAGUGGGGACAGCACAGGGCUGGUGCAGGAUGUGCAGAGUGGCAAUGUGGGAUGCCGGAGCGGCUCUGGGCGCGGCUCCCUGCCGUGGAAGAACCGCACGGUGCUGCGCGGGGAUGAUGUGCUGCUGCCCUGCGACCAGCGCUCCAACCUGGCGCGGGCUGUCUGGCUGCUGAACGGCAGUGAGGUGUCGGGCGCGGGGCAGGAGCGGCUGCGCGUCGGGGUGGACGGGCUGCUGGUGACCAACACGCUGCCAGGACACAGCGGCGAGUACCGCUGCUACGGCGAGGAACGCGGGCUGCGCACGCUGCUGGCUGCCUACAGCCUCACCGUGCUGCCCCAGCUGCCACGUGCCACCACCACCACCACCUCUGGGCCCUUAGCGGCCAGCCAGGCUUCCGGGGACACCAAGGUGGUCUACGUGUCGGCUAUCGUGGUGCUGGUGGUGCUGUGCGCCGUGCUGGGUACCGUCCUGCUCUACGUGUCCUGCCUGGAGAAGCGCAGGGGGAAGUACGUGCUGGGGGAGCCGCGGGCUGCGAGUACUGAGCUGCAGACGGUGUCGGCCAGCUGCCUGCACAAGGCCCGCGGGGAGGACGAGGAGGAGGAUGAGGAGGAUCUGGCUUACCCCUGCCUGCGCAUCAUCCCCGGUGAAGCACCCACAGCCACCGUGUCCCCAGCCAAGGAGCUGCCGGUGGCCGUGCCCCCGCCGCCGCCGCUGCCCACCGAGCUCACCAAUGGGGUGGGCUCCCUGCCCAGCGUCCUCCGCAAGAUGAAUGGCAACAGCUACAUGCUGCUGCAGCAGCAGGACGAGCCGCUGGCCUCGCCGCUCUACAGCGCGUCCUUCACCGAGGAGCUCAGCAAGAUCCUGGAGAAGCGGAAACACAUGCAGCUGGUGGAGAAGCUGGAUGAGAGCUCCGUGUAGGGCCGGGGUCCUGCCGGUCCUUUCUCCCACCCCUGCCAGCAGUGUUACAGACUCAGCAAAACUACCUCUGGGACCGCAGCGCCGGGCUGGGCCCGGGCUUGGCCAUCCCUUUGGCUUUUCACUCACUUCUGAGACUUGAUGUACAGAAAAAAAAACAGUGGGAAAGAAAAGGGAAGAAUAUCCCCCAAAGAAGAAUCUAUUUAAAUUUGGGAGUUCUAUUUAUGUAUAAAAACCCACCAAUGGUGGCCACGAGCUGGAGGCAGAAGCUGGAGCACAACUGAUGGUGGACACGGGGAGGGAGGGCUUGUGUCUGUCUGUCCCUCCAGGCAGAAGAGACUGUGUCCUGGAUGUGUGGACGUGGUCCACCCCAUUGGGCAUCCCCAGCCCUGGGUGCCCAGGCACUGAGAGGUGGGUGCAGAGCAGGACUGCAGGCUCGGGGCUGUGCUGCAGGGCAGCCAGCUGCUGCCUGCUGCACGUCUGCUCUUCAGGGCUGCCUGCGGGAAGGAUGUUCAGCGAGGGACAGCGAGGAAGAGGAGGAGAGCUGUCCCCGCACCCGCGAUGAAACUGCUUGUGCCCACCAUCAGCCCAGGGGUGCUGCUGGCAGCAGGACUGCUCUCUAAGCCCGAGGGCCACGCACACCAGUUGGCUUGUCCGCGUCUUCGCCAUGUGGUGUGGGAAGGGCACAGCGUCCUCUCGGCGCCCUCGCCCUGCAGACUGGACACGAUGCGCCUUUGCAUCCUCACGCAGCGCCAGUGGAUGCUGGGAGGAUCUUGGCCGCUGUCCCCUGUGCCACGGACUGUCCCCUCGUGUGCUGAGGAGCCCUGCCCCAGGGCCCGCUCCCUGUGAGCCUCCACUUCCCGGCGGUCCUGCUGCCCCUAACUCGCUCUUCCCCCUCACCUACCUCUGCUCCCGUGCCCUGAGGACAAGAGGGACACCCAGCUCUGUCCCUCCGUGUCCCCCUCUGCCACCCCCUGGACUGAGGGCAUCGCCCAGAGCACAGCCCCCUCCCCGCCGGGCAUUCCCUUCCCUCUGUGGGGUGGAUGAGCCACCCUGAAAGGACAUCCCGUUCCCCCGGUACGGCCCCAGGGCAAUAAAGGCGACAGCUCUGCGUGGAA